CAUAAGUACGCGCCGGCACGCUGAAGGGGCUCUUGUGGAGGCUGCUAAAUCAUCAUCAUAGCUUAUUUCAGGAUGGAUUCUCUGUAUGGAUCUGUGGCUUUAGGUAUACUGGCAGGUGUGGGCUGUGGCCUUUGCCUGGGUUGGCACCUCCGUGGCCGCUUUGGCAAAGCAUCCCGCACUAUGAUGGCCGCUUUGGAAAACAGCGGUGCUACUGCCAGCGAGUCCAGCGUGAUGGGAGAGAGCGGAGAGUUCAAAAUGAUCCUGGUGGUCAGAACGGAUCUAAAAAUGGGAAAAGGAAAAGUGUCGGCCCAGUGCUCUCACGCCGCCGUGUCCGCGUACAAACAGGUCCAGCGCAGAAACCCAGAGGUCCUGAAACAGUGGGAGUACUGUGGUCAGCCUAAAGUGGUGGUCAAGGCCCCGGAUGAGGACUGUCUGUUAGAGUUACUGACCCAUGCCAAAGAGCUCAGACUUCCGGUCAGUUUAAUCCAGGAUGCUGGAAGAACCCAAAUCGCUCCAGGUUCUCGGACGGUUCUUGGUGUUGGACCCGGGCCGUCAGAUCUUGUCGACAAAGUUACAGGACACCUAAAACUGUAUUGAAUGGAUACACUGAGUGUAUUGCAAAGAUGGGGCUAAACUUGUCAUUAGAUGUACAGUUUUGACCAAUCCUAGACAUUAUAGUUUUUGUACAGUGGAGGAAAUCACAAAGAUCGAAGGAAUGAAAUUAAAGGGUUGAAAUGAGACGAUUUGA